AUCCGGAGCGCGGCGCGCAGGCGGCGGCGGGGGCGGUUGCUGCGCCCGGUAAAGGGGACGCAGCCCGCCCGGGGCCUCGGCUGGCUGUGGGCUCAUCAUGGCGACCAAGCGGAGGCCUUUCCACCUGGUGGUGUUCGGCGCCUCUGGCUUCACCGGCCAGUUCGUGACCGAGGAGGUGGCCCGGGAGCAGGUGGACGCGCAGGAGGGCUCCCGCCUGCCCUGGGCCGUGGCGGGCCGUUCCCGGGAGAAGCUGCAGCAAGUGCUGGACAGGGCUGCCCUGAAGCUGGGAAGACCGACGCUGCCAUCCGAAGUUGAAAUCAUAGUUUGUGAUAUCUCUAAUCCAGCCUCACUUGAUGAAAUGGCCAAACAGGCAACAGUUGUCCUCAACUGCGUAGGACCAUAUCGAUUUUAUGGAGAACCUGUAAUAAAAGCAUGUAUUGAAAAUGGAGCUAGCUAUGUUGACAUCUGUGGAGAACCUCAGUUUCUGGAACUAAUGUAUUGGAAGUACCAUGAGAAGGCCGCCGAAAAAGGGGUUUACAUCAUUGGAAGCAGUGGCUUUGACUCCAUUCCGGCAGAUCUGGGAGUGAUAUAUACAAGCAAUAAAAUUAAUGGUACGUUGACUGCGGUGGAGUGUUUCCUGACCAUACACUCAGGACCCGAGGGGCUGUGCAUCCACGACGGCACCUGGAAGUCCGCGGUCUACGGCUUCGGGGACUACAGGAGCUUGGUGAAGCUGCGGAGAGAGGCCAGUCUGAAACCCGUCCCAAUCGUCGGUCCAAAAUUAAAAAGAAGGUGGCCGGUGUCUUACUGCAGAGAGCUCGGCAGCUACUCCGUUCCUUUAAUGGGCUCAGACGUGUCUGUCGUGAAGCGAACGCAGCGCUACUUGCACGAGAAUCUGGAGCAGUCGCCUGUGCAGUUCGCCGCGUACUUGACGGUCGGGGGCAUCACCUCUGUCGUGAAGCUGAUGUUCGCGGGGCUGUUCUUUUUGUUCUUUGUGAGGUUUGGCAUUGGACGGCAACUUCUCAUAAAAUUCCCAUGGCUCUUCUCCUUCGGUUAUUUUUCAAAACAAGGUCCAACACAAAAACAGAUGGAUGCCACCUCGUUCACGAUGAUGUUCUUCGGUCAAGGAUACAGCCAAGGCUGCAGCCCCGAGGCGAGCAAACCCAACGUCAGAAUCUGUACUCAGGUGAAAGGACCAGAGGCUGGCUACGUGGCGACCCCCAUAGCCAUGGUCCAGGCAGCCAUGACUCUCCUGAAUGACGCCUCUGACCUCCCCAGGGCGGGCGGGGUCUUCACCCCGGGAGCGGCCUUCUCCAGGACAAAGCUGAUUGACAGGCUCCACCAGCGCGGCAUUGAAUUCAGCGUCAUUAGCAGCUCCGAAGUCUGAACCUUUGAAGAGUUAACCAGUCAUCACAUGCAUGAAUUAACAGCUUUUUAUCUGAUAUUUGAAAUUCUUCUAUAAGCCUGUCUGUGUGGAAGAGAUCAUCAAAUCUAAAAUAUGUACACAUUAAAAGCAGGAAAUUAUACUAGCUUACCCUAAAUUUCAAAUCUUAGCUGUCUUUGUGAUUUUAUUGCUCGUGAGAGGGAAUAUUUUUUGACUGGCUUUUACGUCGAAGAGUCACGGCCAGUUUUGUAGGUAGGCAGGUCCGAGAGGGGGGUGGAGCCUCUGCCCUCGCAGCCGAUGCAUCCCGGACGGGGCCCAGGCUGCCUCCCUGGCCUUGCCGUCCAGGGCUCCUGCUCUCCAGCGAGCUGCUCUGCGUGCAAGCGUGAGGGCCUUUGUGAGAUGAAGCUGCCCUUUCUGCCGCUUUAGCUUAGUUCUUCACCCACCUGCACCGAUUGCUUUUUGGACCUAACCUGAGCUGAAUAAUAAAGGAUUGCCAGUUGA